AUGAGAAUGAUUAGUAAUAAUAAUAUGAAUAAGUAUCAUGAAACCUGAUGGAAAGAAGAAGUCAACGAAACUUUUCAAAUUUUGAAGAAAUACAUUUAUCUUUCUAUGGCAAUAAUAGUAGCUGCUUGCUUGUUUUGUCUUUUACUGGUUAAUUCAAGUAUAUCAAUAUUCGUAAUCCAAGCGCCGUUCAUAGUAAUUCACAGUUGUACGUUUUUGAUUCUCCCUUAUUUAGAAAAUAAAAAUGCAAUUCUCAAGGCGAUUUCCUCAAUUGCAUAUGCUGAAUUAUCAGGGAUUUCGCUUUUUUAUCAAGCUCGCCACCUAUCAUCUGAACACAGGAUUCUUAUAGAGAUGCAUGCAGUUCUAAUUGUGAAGCAUUUAGAGCUACCUUUUAUUAAGUCAUUUUGGCUUAGAAAUUUGAUAUAUGGAAGACAUGUAUUUUUGUGGUAUUACAUUAAAUAUUAUUAUGGAGAGCUAAGCUUCGCAGAAAAUUUUUCGAUGCAUAUGACAACUGUAUAUGUUUUAAUUAUUUUCAAUCUGAUAUCUUAUUAUAGGUUGAAAUCCUCAUUCGAAAGGUUUUUAUACAGAAAAGAGCAAGAAGCUGCUGAGAACAGACUUGGAGUCAUAAUGAGUGCAUAUCCAGGCGGAAUUCUCGUAAUUUCAAGUCUUGAAAAAAUUGAAUACUGCAACUCUACAAUGCUUAAUCUGCUUUCCUGUACUUAUUUCGAAAUUUUCCCAUUGCUUGAAGGGGUUCAAUACUCAAAAGAUAAAAAGUUUUCCAAUAUAACAAAUUCAAAUAAACUUAUUGAUGAUAUUCAAAUUUUAUUUGGAUCUGACUCCGCCCCUUAAAUUGGAACAAAUUUUUUGUUCCAAUUUAAAGGGAGUUUAAAAAAAAAUUUUUUAUAAAAAAAAAUUUCAAAAAUUUAUUGAAUUAGAUUAAUAAAUUUGUUUAUAUAAAAUGCUAUUUACUCUUUAUGCUUUAAAAAAAAAAGCAAGUUAUAACUAAAUUUUCAUUAUUAGUUAAUAUGCCACUAUUAAUUGGUAUCAAAACUAUUUACACAAAAAUUAUUAUUUUUAUUGAUAAAAAAUAAAUUUUAGAAAAUUUAUCGACCAAAGUGUUAAUUUUGCUUAAAUAAGAUGUUUAUUUAUACUAUAUUCUUGAAAAUAAAGCAAGAAAUAAGUAAAUUUACAAUUUUUGUAAAGGAUUAGCAUUGAAUUUAUAUCAAAAUUAUUUAAAUAAAAUAAUAUAUAUUUUAUCGAAAAACAUUUAAUUUUUUUUUGCAUUUAACUUAUAUCAAAACUUUUUUAUUAUAAUAUUAAAUUUUGUUCCAAUUUAAAGGGGGUUAAUUUACCAAAAAAAUGGAAACUUUACCUAUAUUUUGUUCCAAUUUAAAGGGGGGAGUGAGACAAACCAUGAAGUGAUGCUUGGCAUCUCAGUGAUAGGAGAAAAUAGUAUUGAGUGGAAGGCAAUAAAAGUCCUUUGAGAAGAUAAAUUUGCAUUAAUCAUUUAUGCCAGGAAUGCAAAUCAGAUUAUACAAUUGGAACAAACUAUUUCAGAAAAUAAAAUAAAGACUGUGUUGUUGCGAUCUGUGUCCCAUGAACUUAGGACUCCAAUUAAUGCAAUUUCAUUUUUAGUCCAUGAUUUGAUUGAGGAUGUGAAAAUCAUAUUGGCAAAGUCGCAUUUAAAAAAGUUAAAAAUGAUAUCUGUUUCUUCAAAAUUGCUAUUAUCCCUUGUAAAUGAUUUAUUAGAUUAUUCAAGAAUGCUAGCAGGUGUAUUUGCUAUCCAAAAAUCAAGGGUUUCCUUAAAAGAAGUGAUCAGCAGCACAUGCGAUUUGAUAAGAAUUCAGGCUAUUAAAAAAGGCUUAGGAUUAGGGAUAAGAAUUGAUCCAAUGCUUCCUGAGUAUAUUUACACAGAUCCUUUUAGAUUAAGCCAAAUUUUGCUGAAUUUACUUAGCAAUGCUUUAAAAUUUACAAUGAAAGGACAAAUAGACAUUUCUUGUAUUUCUACUAAAGAAAAUAAACUAAAAAUUUCAGUAAGAGACACUGGACUUGGGAUCCGUGCAGAAAAGCUACAAAACCUAUUCGAAGAAUUCAAUACUGAAAAUAUAUAUUAAUUGCUCGAGAAUGACGCUAUUUGCGCCAUUCUCUGGCAAUACGGUAAAUCGGCUCCACACGGUAACGAUUUUCCACGUGUGUAGCGAUUUUUUCACACGUGGAAGUCAGGAUUCUCACGUGUGGAAAAAUGGCUCCACAUAUGGAAAAAUCUUACCCGUAUGGAGCCGAUUUUCGGUUGCCCGAGGAUAGCACAAAUAGCGCCAUCCUCGGGCAAUUUCUAUACCCAAUAUAAAUCCUCAAGGCUGUGGUCUUGGCCUCCAUAUUUCUAAUAGAUUAAUUAAAGCACUUGGAAAUGGAACAAUAAACGUGGUAUCCCAAUUCGGUAAAGGUUCGAUGUUUUCAUUUACAAUUGAUAUAAACGAAGAAAAUAAUUCCCCUGCUGAUUUAUCAAUAAUUUCUAAUGAAAAAGACUCGCUAUUUGAUGAAGAAAACCAAAACGUCAUCACAGUCAAACAAUUUUUCACGUUCCACGAAGGAAAAACUCAAUCCCCAAAGGUUUUAAUAGCAGACGAUAAUGAUUUUAACAGAAUUAUUAUUGGGACUCUACUAAAGCGAAACGGGAUUUUAUUUGACGAAGCCUGCAAUGGCAAAGAAGCAGUCGACAAAAUUGCACUCAAGAGCUCCAAAGAAAAGCAAUACUCAGUCGUCAUAAUGGACUGUAACAUGCCUGAAUUAAAUGGGUGGGAAGCUUCCAAAAAAAUAUGUACACUGUAUAGUGAAGGACGACUAUGUGAAAAACCAACAAUAAUAGGACACUCUGCAUAUAGCUCAGCUGAGGACAUUUCUUUAUGCUACCAAAGCGGGAUGGCAGAAGUGCUAGUAAAGCCUUGCAGCCCUGAAGAGAUUUUAGGGACCAUAAAAAAGUAUAGAAAUUUCCCAUAGAUGGCGCUGUUUGCACUUGAUUUGCCCACCGGGAAAUGUUUUGGUUUGACCAAACCAUAUGGUACUGGUCGAAAUAAAACAUUUCCCAGUGGGCAAAUCAAGGGCAAAUAGCGCCAUCUAUGGGAAAUUUCUAUAUCUGACAAGUUAG